GCAGAGCGGAACGGCCUCUGGUGACAUUUUCUUGGGGCGGCGCGGACGACUGAAGGGAAUUUGGUGUUGGAGGCUGCGGAGGCGGCGAGCUCCUCUCUGCCCCGCUGCAGGGGCUCCAGCCGCGCUCUUCUGCUCGCCGCUGGGAGUCGUCUGAGGAGAAGGGGGCGGCCGGGCCGCCGCGGCCCGAGUCUGCGGCCCGUCAAGCGCCGCCCGGGGUGGGCGCGUGCCCCGACGGGGCGCGCGGGGCCGGCGAGGAGGCGCGGACGGCGGGGCGCAGGCUGCUUUCCUGUUGCACCUUUGAUAUCGUUUCCUAGACUCUGUUCCAUGAUUUAAUUUGGAAUUCUGAGAUGAAGAUGGAGGAGGCAGUGGGAAAAGUUGAAGAACUCAUUGAGUCUGCAGCCCCACCGAAAGCAUCUGAACAAGAGACAGCCAAGGAAGAAGAUGGCUCUGUAGAACUGGAAUCUCAAGUUCCAAAAGAUGGUGUAGCUGACUCUACAGUUCUCUCUUCAAUGCCCUGUUUGUUGAUGGAGCUGAGAAGGGACUCUUCAGAGUCUCAGUUAGCAUCCACCGAGAGUGACAAGCCCACAGCUGGCCGCGUUUAUGAGAGUGACUCCUCUAAUCAUUGCAUGCUUUCCCCUUCCUCUAGUGGCCACUUGGCCGAUUCAGAUACGCUGUCCUCUGUUGAAGAGAAUGAACCCUCGCAAGCAGAAACAACCGUGGAAGGAGAUACUUCAGGAGUGUCUGCUACCACUGUUGGACGAAAGUCUCGGCGGUCCCGUUCUGAAAGUGAAACAUCUACUAUGGCUGCCAAGAAAAACCGGCAAUCCAGCGAUAAGCAGAAUGGCCGAGUCACCAAGGUUAAAGGUCAUCGGAGCCAAAAGCACAAGGAGAGGAUCAGACUCCUGAGGCAGAAGCGGGAGGCUGCUGCGAGGAAGAAGUACAACCUGCUGCAGGACAGCAGCACCAGUGACAGCGACCUGACUUGUGACUCAAGCACGAGCUCCUCGGAUGAUGAUGACGAGGUUUCAGGGAGCAGCAAGACAAUCACUGCAGAGAUACCAGAUGGACCUCCAGUUGUAGCUCAUUAUGAUAUGUCUGACACCAGCUCUGACCCAGAAGUGAUAAAUGUGGACAAUUUAUUGGCGGCUGCAGUAGUUCAAGAGCACAGUAAUUCAGUAGGCGGCCAGAACACAGGAGCUACCUGGAGGACCAGCGAGCUUCUAGAGGCAGGUCAUUUGGAUCCAGGAUUCCUGGCAAGUGACAAGACAUCUGUUGGCAGUGCACCACUUAACGAAGAAAUUAAUAUCGCCUCUUCAGAUAGCGAAGUGGAGAUUGUGGGUGUUCAGGAGCAUGCAAGGUGUGCUCACCCCCGAGGAGGCGUGAUCCAGAGUGUCUCUUCCUGGAAGCAUGGCUCUGGCCCGCAGUAUGUAGGCUCCCGGCCAGCACAGUCAUGGACUGCUGUGACCCCGCAGCAGACGUGGGCUUCGCCAGCAGAGGUCGUCGACCUUACCUUGGAUGAGGAUAGCAGACGCAAAUACCUACUGUAAUGCAGUGUCAAUGUCCCUCUGCACUGUUCCUUCCAGCGCCUCUCUGUGACAUGGAAGUUCAUUUCCUAGCUUCAGCUUCCGAAGCUGUGUGUGGCAUUUGUGGGAUGGAAAUUCAUGGUAACUCCCCCCUUUUAUUAAAAUAAUUCACUUAGGAAAAUAACUUAGCACAGAAAAAUAAUUUUUUCUUUUCAUCAACAAGAAUAUGAGAAUGGUGGAUUUUAUUAGACAGCUUCAUUUUGCUUGGUGACCUACCUUAAAGUCACUCUCCAUUUAGAAUAAUAUUUUGCUUACUAGGCAAAAUGGAUUUCAGGUUUUGAGUCUUAUAUUUAUUUUUCUGUAUAAUGAAAUUAAUAUCUAGCUGUGACCACUCUCUGUCUGCGUCACUGUCACUCCUGGUCUUGGGCAUUUGCACACUUAUCAGUCAGGACCUCAUUGGCACCUGGUAGGGCAUGUGCAUUUAGAAAACCCUUCCUUAGAUGUGGAAGACAGAAGUAU